AUGGAUGUGAAAGAACGUAGGCCUUACUGCUCCCUGACCAAGAGCAGACGAGAGAAAGAACGGCGCUAUACAAAUUCGUCAGCAGACAAUGACGAGUGUAGGGUCCCUACGCAGAAGUCUUAUAGUUCCAGUGAAACCCUGAAAGCUUUUGAUCACGAUUCCUCGAGGCUGCUCUAUGGAAACAGAGUAAAGGAUUUGGUUCACAGAGAAGCAGACGAGUAUUCUAGACAAGGACAGAAUUUUACCCUAAGGCAGUUAGGAGUUUGUGAACCAGCAACUCGAAGAGGACUGGCCUUUUGUGCGGAAAUGGGGCUCCCUCACAGAGGUUACUCUAUCAGUGCAGGGUCAGAUGCUGAUACUGAAAAUGAAGCAGUGAUGUCCCCAGAGCAUGCCAUGAGACUUUGGGGCAGGGGGGUCAAAUCAGGCCGCAGCUCCUGCCUGUCAAGUCGGUCCAACUCAGCCCUCACCCUGACCGACACAGAGCACGAAAACAAGUCCGACAGUGACACUGAUAGACUUCUGGGGGAUGUGCAGGUGCUUGACUGUCGAUGGCAGAUAUUUCCUUAUGAUGGACUGUCCCAUCUGCUGUGGCUGGAGUGCAUACCAUGUGCACAGGAAGACAUGGAUCUUCUCAAUGCAAGAAAACUUGAAGGUAAUGAUCUGGUGUUGAAGAGUAUCAAGGCAUUAACUCUGCAUCUUUCCUACUUGGGGAAGAUGGGCUUUGAUGACUCAGGCUUGUCAGAGGAGGCAGUUUUAUAUAGAAACAUCUUCAGUGGGUCUUCUGCUCCCAGAUAUAUAUGCAAGUUCUUCAAGCAUGAACAAGUGAUAUAA